AUGGCCACCGUCAUCACCGAACUGCACUCGGGUUGGCAGUGCAGACAGUCUGAUGAUACCUCUGAGAACGCAUGGCUCCCGGUAUCGAAGGUUCCAACCACAACGCAUCUCGUUCUCCAAGAAAAUGGGAAGAUUCCGGACCCCUUUAUCGACAUGAAUGAACUGGCUGUACGAUGGGUCGCAGAGAAGUCCUGGACCUACAAGACAAGUUUUAGCACCCCGACAGAUAGACAGCCCGAUGCAAGGACGGACUUGGUGUUCGCAGGCCUCGACACCUUUGCCACGGUAUCUCUCAAUGGCCACAAAAUCCUCGAGGCCGACAACAUGUUCAUCGGAUACCGCGUCGACGUGACACCUUUUCUCUUACAGCCUUCUUCCGAAGACGAUCCCACUGACCCAAAUGUCUUGGAAAUUGUCUUUGAAUCGGCUCUCCUCCGUGGCCGCGAGCUCGUCAAACAGCACGCACAUGAACACGAUUUCAUCGCUCAUCAGACAGAGUCGAGCAGGCUCCCUGUGCGCAAAGCACAGUGUCAUUGGGGAUGGGACUGGGGUCCUAUCCUGAUCACUUCCGGGCCGUGGAAGCGCGUUUCUCUGGAAACAUAUCUUGUUAGAAUCGACGACGUCUGGUUUCAGGGAGAGGUGAGUGAGGAUCUGAAGGUGGUGAAGGGGAAGUUGUUCGCCAGUGUAGGUAGCGGCAAAGGGAACAUGGGAGAAGACAGCGUCGUCAAGCUGUCGGUAUAUCGCGACAACAAGGCCGUGUAUGAGGUAGACACGCACGUUGACAAGGAUGGCAUUGCCACGGCAGAGUUUCGUCUCGAAGACCCGGCUCUCUGGUACCCUCGUGGUUAUGGAAAACAGUGGCUCUACGAGCUCCGAGCGAUGAUAUCCACACAGGAGGGCGGUCUUGUCUCCAAAUCCAGAUCGAUCGGCUUUCGACGCUGUCAACUCAUCCAGGAACCGGACGAGUUUGGCAAGUCGUUCUAUUUCCGCAUCAAUAACGUCGACGUCUUCGCGGGCGGGUCCUGCUGGAUUCCAACGGAUUGCUUCCUCCCGAGAAUCGGUGCGGACGGGUAUAAGAAGUGGAUGGAGCUGAUGAUCGAGGGUAACCAGAUCAUGACCAGGAUCUGGGGCGGCGGAAUCUACGAAGACGACUCGUUCUACGAGGCCUGCGACACGCUGGGCAUUCUCGUCUGGCAAGACUUUUGCUUCGCCUGCGCCAGCUACCCGACCUACCCGUCCUUCCUCGCCCAAGUCGAAGAGGAAGCGCGCUUCAACGUCCGACGGCUCCGCUCGCACCCGUCGCUGGCCAUCUGGGCCGGGAAUAACGAAGACUACCAGGUCCAGGAGAAGCACAACCUGGAAUACGACUAUGACGGCGACAAGGACCCGCAGUCAUGGCUCAAGACCAGUUUCCCCGCGCGGUACAUCUACGAGUAUCUCCUGCCAAAGAUCGUGCAGGAGGAGAGUCCAGGCGCGGUGUAUCACCCGAGCAGUCCGUGGGGCGACGGGAAGAAGACGUGGGACCCGACCGUGGGAGACAUUCAUCAGUGGAAUGUCUGGCAUGGCUCCAUGCGCCGAUAUCAAGAACUCCCCAGCAUGGGCGGGCGCUUCGUGAGCGAAUUCGGCAUGGAAGCCUACCCGCACAUGUCGACCAUCGUCUCGGCCAUCGCCACGCAUCCCCAGCAACAGUACCCCGGCAGCAUGACCAUGGACUACCACAACCGGGCGAUCGACCACGAACGCCGCCUCCUGACGUAUGUGGCAGAGAACUUCCGGAUCAACUAUGACUUGGGGGCGUUCACACACCUGACGCAGGUCAUGCAGUCGGACGCCGUGGGGUUCGCGUACCGCUCCUGGCGUCGCGAGUGGGGGGUCUCGUCGUCCUCGAAUGCAGAGAAACUGAGAAAGUGCGGCGGCGUCCUCGUGUGGCAGUUCAACGAUACCUGGCCGACCAUGUCGUGGGCGGUGGUCGACUACUUUCGCGUGAAAAAGCCCGCCUUCUACGCCAUCAAGCGCUCCCUGACGCCGCUGGCCGUGGGCGUGAGCAGGCCGUUCCACGAGUGGACGUCGGGACAUGUGGAUCCGACGCGCGCAGCCACGGACGGGACAUGUGACGUGUGGGUGUGCAGUUCGCGCAGCGAGGAUGUCACCGCGGACGUGGUCGUGCGGGCCAUUUCCAUCAGGACGGGGCGGGACGUGGUCGAACCGAUCGUGAAGCGCGGCGUUGUGGUCAAGGCGAAUAGCACGACCGAUAUCCUUCAGGGGAGAAACUUGUCCAGUGAUACUGCUGGUCCUGGUGAUUCUACCCGGUUAACAACAACCACCGAAGCUUCGUCCUCCCCGCCCUUCGACACGAAUACAUGGCACCCGUACAUCAUCCACGCGUCGCUCCUCGUGGACAACCGCGUCGUGAGCACCGACACCGCCUGGUCCCACCCGAUCAAAUACCUCGAUUUCACAACCACGCCGCGAGACGUCGUUGUCAGCAUCACCACCAAUCCAUCCUCAUGCAGCACCAGCACCAGCACGACCAAGACAAUCGCCACCGCGACCAUCACCAUCACGGCCUCCCGCCCCGUCCACGGCUUCGUGUUCCGCGAAUCCCGCGACGGCCCAACCUUUAGCGACAAUGGCUUCGACCUCGUGCCGGGUGAGGAGGUUGUUGUCGAGGUUUCCAGUGCAGGCGCGGAACCUCUGAAAGAGGAGGCGCUUCGGUGGACGUAUGUUGGGGCCGAGAGUGCGUGUCUUGGUCUUGGGCUUGGGAAUCAGAACGGGGGAUAA